CUUUUCUCUCUCUCUCUCUCUCUCUCUCUCUCUCUCUCUCUCUGACACCUUUGCCCUUUUCCUCAUUCACUUCUCCUUUUGUCUUCUCUUCUCUAACCCUUUUUUAUUUUCUUUCACUCUCUCUCAAAUUUUUAUUUUUUAUAUUUUAUCUCAAAUAUUCUCUUUUGGGUACACAACCUGGUUUUGCUUUUACACCUAUUUCCCUUUCUUUCUCAUUCACCUUCUCAUCAUUUCUUUCCCUUCCACACUUUUCACUCCAACCCAAUUUUUCCUUCAAUUCAAUUAUCAUCAAAUUUUCUAUCAGUGAUUCUAAUUCUCCAAUCACACUUCUCUGUUUAAUUCUUCUUAAUUAUCAUCUGAUCUGAAUUCUCUUCCUUGAUGAUAUAGUGUUCGUUAAUUUUCUGCAUCUUGGGUUUCUUGCUUUUACAAUAAAAAUUGUAUCUUUAACUCAUCCUCUGUAAGUUUUUUUCAUACUCCUUUUUUUUUUAGUUACCUUUUUGUUUGUUGUUAUUGUGAGUGAUGUGAUGAAUGCGACUAAUUAUUUGAAAUUUUCAAUCAAAACAAAAUAAUGGGUUGCAUGAAAAAAGUGAUUCUGAAUCUCUGAUAUGGAAUUGUUGUUUAAUUGCAAACUGAUAAAGUUAAUGGGUGGUGGCACUUUGAAUUCACUACUUUGCAAGUGUGUGUUUUUUGUUAUUGCUGUUUUGAUCAUUAGAGCCCUUUUGUUCCCUAUCUUUGUUGGUGUUGAAUGGAGCAACAAUCUUGCAUAUUUGAGGAAGAAUAACUCUCCUUCGUUUGGUUUAGGGGUUAGACAAGAAAAGUUUUUAGAGGUUCCUCAAAUUGUUUGGGGAUUAAAUAACCAAAAGAUUGCAUUUGCAAGGGCUUGUCUCACUGCUAGAAUGUUGAAUAGAACACUCUUGAUGCCUAGUCUUAGUGCCUCCUUGUUUUAUAAGGAACUUGAUCUUUUGCAACCGAUUUCAUUUCACAAGGUGUUUCAAUUUGACAAGUUUAAUGAACUAUGUAGUGGUUUUGUUCAGUUGGGUCGUUACUCGGAUCUAAUGAACAAAACACAAGUGCUUGAAUUGCAGAAAGGAAGUGGUAGAAAGUGGACAGUAGAAAGGGAUUUGGAUCAGCUAAGACAGUAUAGUAAAGGUUCAUUUGAUGAAUAUGAGGUGAUUAAGAUAGUUGGAAAAAACCCUUUUUUGUGGCAUGAUCAUUGGCCUGUUAAGGACUAUGCAAAAGUUUUUGAGUGCUUAAUUUUGGUAGAAGAGAUUUCUCAAGAAGCUGAUAAAGUUGUGUCUAUGAUUAGAUCAGUUGGAAGCCAAAGCAAAGGUAACAAUGAUCAUCAAUCAUUUGAGAAUGUGCCAUAUGUUGCCGUCCACAUGAGAGUAGAAAUUGAUUGGAUGAUUCACUGCAAAAAGUUGGAGCAAAGAUUGAACACAAAUCAAAUAUGUAGUAGUAAGAAAGAGAUAAUUGAAAGAGUUGGAAACAUUGAAGGUCUUAAGAGUAAGACUCAAGUUGUUGUUUAUCUUGCAGUGGCUGAUAAACUCCUUCAAAAUUCUUCUGUAUUGGAUGGUUGGGAACAAGGCUUUGUACCUUAUGAGAAGAAGAAACUUGGUGUUGAAAAAAUAUAUAGCAAAUAUCCUUAUUUAAUUCAGUCUGCAAUUGAUUAUGAAGUGUGUUUGAGAUCUGAUAUCUUUGUAGGGAACAGUUUCUCUACUUUUUCAAGUCUUAUUGUUCUUGAAAGAACACAAAAGAUGAUCAAAUUGGGUGGAAAUAGCUUGUGUGGAAGUGAUGUUAGAUGGCCUUCUUUUGCUUAUAAUAUACAAGGAGAAUUGAAUGGUCCUAUGAAAUGGGUUACAAAUAUGUCUGAUUCAAGCCUUCAAGCUAUCAGCUAUGGUACUAAUCACAUUUCUUGUUGACAGUGCUAUUUGCAGCACCACGCCGAUAGUUUUGAUCCAAUACAUGUUUGUGUCUAAUAUAAAAUCGAUACAUGUGAUUACAUUUAAUUAAUUUAUUUUCUCAAAUACAUGUUUGUUUUAGUGUUUUGUAGACAGGGCCUUUUAAAGUUACAAUUCAUACUUCAAAUGUAAGAUCUCCUUUCUCUUUGUCUUAACUUUUUCAUUUUGGGAAUUUGAUUAGCAAAAUAUUAGUUGGUAUUAUCAUUUUUUAUGUAGAGAAAUUGAUAAGUGAAUACAACUGUUUAAAGUGAGGUACUGUUUCUCAUUAUUUAUCUUUAAUAUAUUAAUUUAAAACA